AUGUCUUCUCUACUCUCGAAGUUGUUUGAUGCACUAAAGAUCUCAACCCCUGAUUCAAUUAGACAACGACCGAUUAAACUUGUCCGUCCGAAGAAGCAGCCUAAUCCCCAGUUCUACGGAUACGCGAUCUCUCACGAAUGGCUUGUCCGGUUUGCGGAGCAACACUGCCCAGAAAAAUUACGCGAUCACACCAUCGCCUGCUUCAAUCUCAUGGAGGGUGCCUCAGUGCCCUCAGAGUGGAUCCCCGUGUCUAAUGGCGACUACGACGACGUGCUCUCCGACGAAGAAUUCUGGCUUUUCAGAUUCAGACAGUUCACGUGCUCACUAUCAAACAUACAACUCAGUCCGGUGAACUUGAAGUGCGGAAUCAACGCCAAAUCCUGA